GUGAAGCAAUCCACAGCACCGUCCCACGACACAAGACACCCCGUUCUUAAGCAUCUAGACAGCAACCCUCGCCACCCGUCACCAUGUUAAUCAAGGUCCGCACUUUGACUGGCAAGGAGAUCGAGCUUGAUAUUGAAGCUGAUUAUAAGGUCGCUCAAAUCAAGGAGAAGGUCGAGGAGAAGGAAGGUAUCCCACCCGUACAACAGCGUUUGAUCUUCGGCGGUAAACAGAUGGUCGACGACAAGACAGCAGCAGAUUACAACCUCGAGGGCGGUGCCACGCUGCACUUGGUUCUCGCUCUACGCGGCGGCUGCGCGCCCUCCUCCUCCUCCUCCUAACCCCGCGAAUCAAUCCCGUCCGUCCCAAUCUCUGAAACCCCCUCGCGCGCGCAGCACUGGAAAGAAGAGGAUGGCGACACCGCUAUAGCGGGUUUUUAUGGAGGGCCGCGCGCGACGUAUGCAUGGAUACUGCUACUGCUGUGGCUGGUUCUGAUGGCGGGCAGGCUUAUGCAAAUUUUAUCUUCCCGCUUCUCGUUCUGCGCUUCUUUCAUGAUGAGAUGCCGGCAUGAUGGCGUGGGGGGCUCGGGGCGUUCCGUUUGUUCUCUUUUUUUUUUACUUACCUUACCUUAUCACUUGCACGCAUGCGGGGCUGGUUGAUCAUGAUGCAUCUCUAGUCUUAGGGUGUGAUGGUGACAUGAGGGGGCCGG